GACAUGUAUGGUUCGUACCACCCUGUUACGAUGGAGCUUAUGGAAUGGUCUUCCGAGCCAAACCCCCUACCAUUGAAUUUCCAAAAUUCAAGGGCCAGGAGGAUGCCGGGCUAUGGUUGUAUGCAGCUGAGCGGUGGUUUCGAAAUCACCCAAUAUCGGAAGAGCGAAAAGCGCAUCUGGCGUCUUUCUAUUUGGAAGGGGAGGCAUUACAGUGGUGGGAAUGGAUGGAGAGGUCCUACGCGGCGGCAGAGAAAUUGAUCACAUGGCCGAUGUUCCAGGAGGAGCUCCGCUACCAGUUCGGUAAGGCGGAGGGAUGGGCCCCAGAGACGCUGGCCAAGUUGAAGCAGACGGGAUCAGUGGCGGAUUACCGCGCAGAGUUCUUCAAGCUGGGCAAUCAAUGCCGUGGAGUGCCCGAGGAUACAUUGAUAGGCCUGUGUAUGGCAGGCCUGAAGCCGGAGAUCGCUGCUGCAGUUCGGGUCUUUGAACCGGAUUCCUUGAAGUCUGCCUUUCGACUUGCAAGUUACAAGGAAGAAGAGCUCGCUAGUUGGAGGAACACCGUAGGUCGUUACCAGCGGCCGAGCGGGGCCAGUAGUAGCAGUGGAGCAGGAGGAGGAGGAGCCGGGACAGGCGCGACACCUUUGGGCCUGCGGGAACGGCGACAGUCAGGGGAGGGGUGCGGCCACCGCCCAAGGGAUUUGUACGUCUUUCCCCGGCCGAGAUUGAACAGAAUAUGCGUGAAGGCAAAUGCUUCAAUUGCGACGAACGCUUCACCAUAGGGCACAAGUGUGCUCGACCAGAUUUGAUAAUGCUCGUCGGAAGGUGGGAGGACAAGGCGGAAGAUGUGGCAAGUGCGGCGGACGACAAGGUGGAAGACUAGCAACCUUGAGGACAAGGUUGUUUUGAAGGGGAAGGGAAUGAUAGACAUUUAAUACUUUUCUGUUUACGAGGAUUUGAUUGUUAAGAAUUAUUUAUGUGGGUUUGAAUUGGGGAUGGGUUAAGAUGAAUAAGUCAGGGUAGUGAUAGGUAAUUGUGUUUUAGUACUUAAACUAUGAUGCUACGUAGAAAUGGGUAAGCAUAAAUUACAAACCCUAAACCAAUUUUGAUCACUCUCUCUCCCUUGGCCGCUGAGCCUCCUCCCUCCUUCUCCACUGCUGCCGCUCGGCAGUUCUCUUUCUCCCACUCUUACUUCGUGCAACCCCCAAAUUCCCCUUUCUUCCAUCUCUCAAUUCCAAGGAUCAACCCCUAGUUGAUCCCAAUAACCUAAUCACUAGAUAGAGCUAUGAUCUCGGAGUUCUAUCAUUCCCUCCUUUUAUUUAGGAAACGAGAUGUGUAAGGAUUAAAUAAUCCUACACCUGAUACAACGAAAGCAGGAUCCUCAAAGAAAGGCAUCCUGUAGAAUAAGAACAUGAGAUAACGCAAACCUCUACUACUACAGCUGUCCGCUCUACUAUAAUUUCAACUAUGCUAUACUAGCCUAGUCAGAAACCAAAGUGGGAUGAUAUUAAAUUUCAAAAUAGAAGUCUCUACUCCAAAGCUUUCCUACUGCUGCAGCACUCCUUGGGAUCUCACCAUGGCCACGUCGACACCUUUCCUACCAGAUGAAGGAAAUCAAUGAGCACCAAAUCAUUACAAUACAUCGCCCCAACGCUGAAGAUUUUGUUGCUAGGUCCCCAGCUGAUGCAAGCAUGUUAUCCCAAGAGUCUCCACGUAUUAAAAUGCCCCACCUACCACAUACUUCUUUAGAAAACUCACACUAAAAAAAUAAGUGAUUUCUGGAGUAAAUUCCAUGACCACAUAGCAAACAGGAAGCAUCAUUGAUCUUCCCCCAUUUCUACAAUUUCUCCUUAGGGUCGUUUGGAAGUUGCGAUUGUUUUGUUGAGAUUGUCAUUAUACAUGUAUUGUUUACAAUGCAUCGUUUUUUGUUUUGUUUUUUUUAGCAGAAUCAAUACAUGGAUUGUUUCUGUGAUGUGACAGAAACUAUCACUCAUUUUGAGUGAUUGUUAUAUCUUAACUUUUAGUUGUGAUUAUUGAGAUAGUUGAGUUGAGAUAGUUGAGUUGAGAUUGUUUUGUCUCAGCUUUUAGCUGAUGCGACAUACACAAUCACACAUACCAAACGUUGUAUUCUACAAUGCAUCAAAUUCGACAAUACAUGUAUAACAUUAUACAUGCAUUCUCAACAAUACAUCUAUUUAAUAAUCGCAACUUCCAAACGACCCCUAGUCACACAUGCAUCCAUGAUCAUAAUCCACACAAUCAUGCUCCAUCGAGACACACUAAACUUACUCCAAAUGA